CGGCUCUCCCUUCCCAGCUGAUAGGGUGACGUUGGCUUUGGAGGCUUGGAGAUUGGCUUUUUGAUUUGGCUUCUUGCGGCAGCUUAAUGGGCAAAGCUCUCGGCUCCCCCAGAAACCAGCCCCUCCGCGCGUCCCCUCAGCGCGCGGCGCGGCCGAGACGUCUCCCGCGGUGACGGCGUGUGAGGCGGAGAGCCCGCGCGCUCCCACCCCGGGAAAGCCCGGGCGACGCGGCCGCGAGCCCCAGCCGGGGUCCCUCGGAGCCGCCAGGGCGCGCCGAGCUGCUCGCCUUCCCGCCCCUCCCGGCGCCAGGAAUCCCCUUGCCGCCCGCGGCCGGGACUCCGGGCCUCUCCCGGCGUCGUACGGGAGCCCGGGCGCGGGGUCGGGUUUUCCCGGGUCCUCGGUUCGGCGCGCAGGGCCCCUACCUCAGGCCUCCUCGCCCUGGCCCCAGCCCCGGGGCCGUGCAGACCUCGCGCUCCAGAUGCACUGCCCCGCAGCUCCCUGACGGUUGCGAGAGCUCUAGCCCGGCGGGCGGGCUGGUGGCGGCGGCAGCAGCGGACUGACAUGCCCCGGACGCGGCUGCGCUCGGCCGGCAGCCCGCGGGGGCGAUGAGCCUCUGCGGCCGCUGAGAGCCCGGCGCCGGGGGCACCGCGCACCUUCCUCACCCAGCACCCCCCAUCCCCCUCACUUGCCCACUCCGCUCGGGAGGCGGAGAGGAAACGGUCUCUGGCCUGUCAGGAGGACCCUUGGUGCUGCGGUGGAAGCCAGCGGCUAAGUCUUGUGUAUGGCGUGGUUAAGGUUGCAGCCUCUCACCUCUGCCUUCCUCCAUUUUGGGCUGGUUACUUUUGUGCUCUUCCUGAAUGGUCUUCGGGCAGAGGCUCGUGGUUCAGGAGAUGUGCCCAGCACGGGGCAGAACAAUGAAUCCUGUUCAGGGUCAUCGGACUGUAAAGAGGGUGUCAUCUUACCCAUCUGGUAUCCGGAGAAUCCUUCCCUUGGGGACAAGAUUGCCAGGGUCAUUGUGUAUUUUGUGGCCCUGAUAUACAUGUUUCUAGGGGUGUCUAUCAUUGCUGACCGCUUCAUGGCCUCUAUUGAAGUCAUCACCUCUCAAGAGAGAGAGGUGACUAUCAAGAAGCCCAAUGGAGAGACCAGCACAACCACGAUUCGGGUCUGGAAUGAGACUGUCUCCAAUCUGACUCUUAUGGCCCUGGGUUCCUCUGCUCCUGAGAUACUCCUCUCUUUAAUUGAGGUGUGUGGUCAUGGAUUCAUUGCUGGGGAUCUGGGACCGUCCACCAUUGUAGGCAGUGCAGCCUUCAACAUGUUCAUUAUCAUUGGCAUCUGUGUCUAUGUGAUCCCCGAUGGAGAGACACGUAAGAUCAAGCACCUACGAGUCUUCUUUGUCACUGCUGCUUGGAGUAUCUUUGCCUACAUCUGGCUCUAUAUGAUCCUGGCGGUCUUCUCUCCUGGCGUGGUCCAGGUCUGGGAAGGUCUCCUCACUCUCUUCUUCUUUCCAGUGUGUGUCCUUCUGGCCUGGGUGGCAGAUAAACGACUGCUGUUCUACAAAUACAUGCAUAAAAGGUACCGCACGGAUAAACACCGGGGAAUUAUCAUAGAGACAGAGGGUGACCACCCCAAGGGUAUUGAGAUGGAUGGGAAAAUGAUGAAUUCCCACUUCCUGGAUGGGAAUCUGGUACCCCUGGAAGGGAAGGAAGUGGAUGAAUCUCGCAGAGAGAUGAUCCGGAUUCUCAAGGAUCUGAAGCAAAAGCAUCCGGAGAAGGAUUUAGAUCAGUUGGUGGAGAUGGCCAAUUACUAUGCUCUUUCCCACCAACAGAAGAGCCGCGCCUUCUACCGGAUCCAGGCCACCCGCAUGAUGACUGGUGCAGGCAACAUCCUGAAGAAACAUGUGGCAGAGCAAGCCAAAAAGGCAUCCAGCAUCACUGAGGUGCACACUGAGGAGCCUGAGGACUUUAUCUGCAAGGUCUUCUUUGAUCCAUGUUCUUACCAGUGCCUGGAGAACUGUGGGGCUGUGCUCCUGACGGUGGUGAGGAAAGGGGGAGACAUGUCCAAGACCAUGUACGUGGACUACAAAACUGAGGACGGUUCUGCCAAUGCCGGAGCUGACUAUGAGUUUACAGAGGGCACUGUGGUUCUGAAGCCAGGAGAGACACAGAAGGAGUUCUCUGUGGGCAUCAUCGAUGAUGACAUUUUUGAGGAAGAUGAACACUUUUUUGUACGGUUGAGCAAUGUCCGCCUUGAGGAGGAGCAGCUGGAGGAGGGGAUGCCUCCCGUCAUGCUCAACAAUCUUCCCUUGCCUCAAGCUGUCCUUGCAUCCCCCUGUGUGGCCACGGUGACUAUCUUGGAUGAUGACCAUGCAGGCAUCUUCACAUUCGAGUGUGAUACUGUUCAUGUCAGUGAGAGCAUUGGUGUUAUGGAGGUCAAGGUUCUGCGGACAUCAGGUGCCCGGGGCACAGUCAUCGUUCCCUUUAGGACAGUAGAAGGGACAGCCAAGGGUGGUGGUGAGGACUUCGAAGACACUUAUGGGGAGCUGGAAUUCAAGAAUGAUGAAACCAUGAAAACCAUAAGGGUUAAAAUAGUAGAUGAGGAGGAAUACGAAAGGCAAGAGAAUUUCUUCAUUGCCCUUGGUGAACCGAAAUGGAUGGAACGUGGAAUAUCAGCGCUCCUGUUAUCUUCAGAGGUGACAGACAGGAAGCUGACUAUGGAAGAAGAGGAAGCCAAGAGGAUAGCAGAGAUGGGAAAGCCAGUGUUGGGUGAACACCCUAAACUAGAGGUCAUCAUUGAAGAAUCCUAUGAGUUCAAGGCUACAGUGGAUAAAUUGAUCAGGAAGACAAACUUGGCCUUGGUUGUGGGGACCCAUUCCUGGCGGGAUCAGUUCAUGGAGGCUAUCACCGUCAGUGCAGCAGGAGAUGAUGAUGAUGAUGAAACUGGAGAGGAGAGACUACCCUCCUGCUUUGACUACGUCAUGCACUUCCUGACAGUCUUCUGGAAGGUGCUGUUUGCCUGCGUGCCCCCCACGGAGUACUGCAAUGGAUGGGCUUGCUUUGUCGUCUCCAUCCUCAUCAUCGGCAUGCUGACCGCCAUCAUUGGGGACCUGGCCUCCCACUUUGGCUGCACCAUUGGUCUCAAGGACUCAGUCACAGCUGUUGUGUUUGUGGCAUUUGGCACCUCCGUGCCAGACACCUUUGCCAGCAAAGCUGCCGCCCUCCAGGACGUGUACGCAGACGCUUCCAUCGGCAACGUCACGGGCAGCAACGCCGUCAACGUCUUCCUGGGCAUUGGCCUGGCCUGGUCCGUGGCCGCCAUCUACUGGGCCAUGCAGGGACAGGAGUUCCACGUGUCGGCUGGCACGCUGGCCUUCUCCGUCACCCUCUUCACCAUCUUUGCGUUCGUCUGCAUCAGCGUGCUCCUGUACCGCCGGCGGCCCCACCUGGGCGGGGAGCUCGGGGGCCCCCGCAGCUGCAAGCUGGCCACGACGUGGCUCUUUGUGAGCCUGUGGCUGCUCUACGUACUCUUCGCCACGCUGGAAGCCUAUUGCUACAUCAAAGGGUUCUGA